CCUCUCUCCCUGCUCUGCGCGGCCGCUGACAACAUGGGAGACAUGGCCUUUCAGCUGGCGGCCCUUCCUCUCAUUGCCAAGUUGAACGAGAGAAGCCGCAGCGAGCUGAACAAGUACUUGGCCAAGCAGAUUUGGAACAAGCAGGAUCGGCAGUGUAUCCUCAAUACUCUGGCUCAGCUGCUGUUGGAUAAAGAAUGCACGCUGCUGAUUGGACGCCAUCUCAGGCCUUUGCUGUUGGAUCUUCUUGAGCGCAAUGUGAAGGCGAUCAAAGCACCUGCAUUUAACCAUGAUCUACAUGAGAGACUGUGUGUAGCAAUGAGCAAGCUCAUUGAUGUCAGCCCUGAUGUCAUUUUGUUUGCUCUGAGGUAUUUCAAGGAUUCUCCCCCAGUAUUUCAGAGAUUGUUUCUGGAGAGUUCAGAUUCCAAUACAGUCCGAUAUGGUCGGAAGCGAAUGAAACUCCGAGACCUCAUGAGUGCAGCAUGCAAAUUCUUGAAGGAAAACUGGAUAAUAUUCAGUGAGUUAUGGGACUGGAGUGUCUGCCUUCCACUGCUGGGAAGCCAUGAUACCGUAGUCCGUUGGUACACAGCUAGAUGUCUUGCAGUUGUAACAAAUAUGAGUGAUGAACAAAAGAACCACUUCUUCAAGAAAAUUCUCACUACAGAAGAACUGACAAAUUUUAGACUACAGCUAUUGGAAGAUGAACUGUUGUUUAAUAUUGAGAAGGCAUUGGUUCUGGCAAACGUAAAGACUGGUUUGUGGCAGAAAGAGAAACAACAAAAAUAUACCCAGGGACAAAUACUGUCUGGAGAUCUGUCUGAGAAUGUUGUUGCAGUAUGUGGAGUUGUAUUACCACGGAACCAGCCCGCCCAAAAAGGCCGAGUAUGCAUCCAUAGGUCUCUUGUGUUAGUGGCUUCAACCUAUGGCUAUCUACAGAACCUGGCUAUGGCAAUCCUAUCCCAGAAUGCUGUGUUGCUGGAAGGACCAAUUGGCUGUGGUAAAACUGCUUUAGUAGAAUAUUUAGCAGCAGUUACGGGUCGACAGAAGGCUCCUGACUUCUUGAAAGUUCAGCUUGGAGACCAGACUGAUAGUAAGAUGUUACUAGGGAUGUAUCGCUGUGCUGAUGUUCCAGGGGAGUUUGUUUGGCAGCCUGGAUCACUGACUCAAGCUGUGAUGAAUGGAUAUUGGAUUCUCUUGGAAGACAUUGACUAUGCACCUUUAGAUGUUAUAUCUGUGCUGAUACCUUUGCUGGAGACAGGAGAGCUUUUAAUUCCUGGACAUGGUGAUUGUAUAAAAGCAGCUCCUGGUUUUCAGUUUUUUGCAACAAGAAGGGUGUUCAGUAGCAAUGUGGGUUGGUAUAGACAACAAAACACUCAUGCAACUUUGUUGGACAAACUAUGGACUAAGAUCAAAUUGGAUAAUAUGAACAAAGCAGAAUUAAAAGAGGUGUUAGUAAACCGAUAUUCAAGCCUGGAAAUUGUGAUAGACCGGCUUUUGGACAUAUACUGCCAACUAACUGGCAAGAAGCAUCAAGAAUUACAAAUCAAGCCAGCUGGAAAUCAUGAAAAUAUGGAUUUAGAUGAUUGUGAAGCAAAAGUUGAAGAAAAAGACUUGAGCCUUGAAGGAAGGGGAUUAUCUUUAAGAGAUUUGCUGAAAUGGUGUGAGAGAAUAAUUCCUAAUUUUGAUGGGACAUCAUCUUCUACUGCCCUCUGCAUCUUCCAGGAGGCACUUGAUUGUUUCACAGCCAUGAUAUCUAAGCAUAAGAGCAGGCAGAAAAUGGCUGAAAUCAUUGGAAGCAAACUAAAUAUUUCAAAAGAAAAGGCACAAUACUUCUGUCAGUUAUAUAAACCUGCCGUUGAGCUGAAUGAGGCUGCAGUGACUGUAGGGCGGGCUGUUCUUCCUCGAAAAAGUAGCGAUAUCAUCCAGUUACAGUUGCAAACACAGACCUUUUCAGCUACAAGACCCUCAUCUCUCCUCCUGGAGCAGCUGGUUGUUUGUCUUGGCAAAGGGGAACCUGUUUUAUUGGUCGGUGAAACAGGUACUGGUAAAACAUCUACUGUCCAGUACCUUGCCAAAAUUACAGGCCACAAGCUGAGGGUUGUAAACAUGAACCAACAGAGUGACACGGCAGAUUUGCUUGGAGGAUACAAGCCAAUGGACCGAAAACUAAUUAUGUUACCCUUGCGUGAAGUAUUUGAAGAGCUUUUCAUUCAGACGUACUCCAGGAAGCAGAAUGCCACUUUUUUGGGUCACGUUCAAAUGUGCUGCAAACAGAAACGCUGGCAAGAUUUGCUACAGCUGAUGCUACAUGUUUACAAGACAGCUGUCAGUAAGGAGUUGAAAUCCAAAGAAAAUGGUGCCUGUUUGAAAGAGAAAUGGGAAUUACUUGGUUUGCGCCUGGCUCAGGCUCAGCAGCAGAUGAAGCUGAGUGAAUCUUCAUUGGUAUUUGCCUUUGUGGAGGGAACCUUAGCCCAGGCUGUGAAAAAGGGAGAAUGGAUUUUGUUGGAUGAGAUCAACUUGGCUUCAGCAGAGACGCUGGAAUGUCUCAGUGGGCUGUUGGAAGGGAAUAUGGGUUCUCUUGUGCUGUUAGAUCGAGGAGAUACUGAGCCCAUACAUCGUGACCCAGAGUUUCGCUUGUUUGCCUGCAUGAAUCCAGCAACAGAUAUAGGAAAGAGAAACUUGCCACCAGGCAUACGAAAUCGGUUUACAGAACUAUAUGUUGAUGAACUGGAAGCUGAAGGAGAUCUCCAAAUCCUUGUAUCUGAUUAUCUAGGGGGGUUAAAUGUCAGCAAGAAAACUAUUCAAGGGAUCAUUGAGUUUUACUUAACCGUCCGUAAGGAGGCAGAUAUUAAGUUAAUGGAUGGAACUGGGCAUAGGCCCCACUAUAGCCUUCGGACUCUCUGCCGUGCUCUCAAAUUUUCUGCACUGAACUCUUACAACAACAUUCAACGCUCAUUAUAUGAGGGCUUCUGUAUGAGUUUUCUGACUCAGCUGGAUCGGAUAUCUCACCCAGUCGUUGAGAAAUUAAUUUGUCAUCAUGUCAUUGGAACUAAUGCCAAAUCUGUUCUUCAGCAGCCCAUCUCUGAACCAAAAGGAGGAGGAGCUGUGCAGAUUGAAGGCUACUGGAUUGCAACAGGAGAUAAAGAACCUGCCAUUGAUAAGCUAUAUAUUCUUACACCCUCUGUCAAACUCAACUUGAGAGAUCUAGUGAGAGUGGUUGCAGCAAGAAUUCAUCCCGUGCUUAUUCAAGGAGAAACAUCAGUUGGUAAAACCAGUCUGAUUAACUGGUUGGCAUCUGCUACAGGAAACCAUUGUGUACGGAUCAAUAAUCAUGAACACACAGAUAUUCAGGAAUAUCUUGGCUGCUAUGCAUCUGACGACAUGGGCAAAUUAGUAUUUAAAGAAGGUGUGCUUAUUAAUGCCAUGCGAAAAGGCCAUUGGAUAAUUCUUGAUGAAUUGAAUUUGGCCCCAACUGAAGUGUUGGAAGCACUCAAUCGACUACUUGAUGACAAUCGUGAGCUCUUUAUAGCAGAGACACAAGAAGUAGUAAAAGCACAUCCAAAAUUCAUGCUUUUUGCAACUCAGAACCCUCCUGGACAAUAUGGAGGUAGAAAGGUUUUGUCAAGAGCAUUUAGAAACCGUUUUGUGGAAUUGCAUUUUGAUGAACUUCCAAGUGCUGAAUUAGAAGUGAUAAUUCACAAGAGAUGCUCUUUGCCUCCAUCAUACUGUGCAAAAUUGGUUAAAGUUAUGCUGGAUUUGCAGUCAUAUCGCAGAGGUUCAAAUGUUUUGGCUGGAAAACAUGGCUUCAUUACUUUGCGAGAGCUGUUUAGGUGGGCCGAGCGCUACAGAUUAUCUGAUGUAACAGCACAAAAUUAUGACUGGAUUCGGCAUAUAGCUACUGACGCUUUUAUGCUCUUGGCUGGCCGUGUGAGAAAGGAGGAAGAAGUUGCUGUCAUUCGACAAAUUCUUGAAAAACAAUUUAAGAAGAGGCUUGUUCCUGAAAUUCUAUUUUCAAAAGAAAAUCUUGAGAAAAAAUUGAGUCACUGGUCAAGUCUGAGGUCAGUUAUGCCUGACAAUUUUCACCACAUUGUGUGGACAUAUGGUAUGAGGAAACUUGCAAUAUUGGUGGGUCAGGCUUUGCAGUUUGGAGAAGCUGUGCUCCUUGUUGGAGAAACUGGGUGUGGUAAGACGACAAUCUGUCAGAUGUUUGCUGCCUUGUUCAAUCAGAAGCUGCAUACAGUAAACUGUCAUCUACACUUAGAGACAUCAGACUUCCUUGGGGGUCUCAGGCCUGUCAGACAUACUUCUGGUGAAAAUGAUGGCGACAACCCCAGCAAGCUUUUUGAGUGGCAUGAUGGUCCUCUUGUACUUGCCAUGAAGGAAGAUGACAUGUUUCUGAUGGAUGAAAUCUCUUUGGCAGAUGACUCUGUUUUGGAAAGACUGAAUAGCGUCCUGGAAGCUGAACAGACACUUUUGCUUGCAGAAAAGGGAAGUGGGGAAGAUGAUCAAGUGGAGCUUGUAACUGGUGGAAACAAAUUUAGGAUUCUUGCAACUAUGAAUCCUGGUGGUGAUUUUGGUAAGAAAGAGCUUUCACCAGCUUUGAGGAACAGAUUUACUGAGAUCUGGUGCCCACCAUGCAAUAGCCGUGAUGAUUUGAUGGAGAUUAUUCAACAUAACCUGUGUCCCAAGCUUUCUUUAGAUGGAGAAGAUAAUAAAGGCAAAGAUAUUGCUGAACUCAUUUUGGAUUUCAUUGACUGGCUAAAAAAUCAAGAGUUUGGUCGUCGAUGUGUAUUGAGUAUUCGUGAUAUUCUGUCUUGGGUCAACUUCAUGAAUGUUACAACUGAGAGAGUGACUUCCGAUGUGGAUUUGGAUGAUAGAGCUACAUUUAAUCUUGAUCCUGUCACUGCAUUCAUACAUGCUGCCUGUCUCAUUUGUAUUGAUGGCAUUGGAUCAGGGUCUACAGUUUGUUCUCCUGAAGCUACACUGGCUGCUCGCAAAGCAUGCUUGGAAUUUCUUUUUAAAAAGCUGUCUGUGAUCACACAUUUGAAAAAACAUAUGAAGAGUAUGCUGAACAGUUAUGAUGAGAAAAGGAAGAGGAAAAUUUUAUGGACUGAACACUACUUUGGAAUUCAUCCUUUUUACAUUCCCAUAGAAGGGACAGGUGGAGAAAAGCUGGCGCUUGAAGACUAUGCAUUGAAUGCUGGCACGACUGCAAUGAACGCUCAGAGAGUGUUGAGAGCCCUGAAGUUAAACAGGCCAAUUCUUCUGGAGGGAUCACCAGGAGUUGGAAAGACAAGCCUGGUGGCAGCUUUGGCAAAGGCUUCUGGAAACACACUUGUCCGAAUUAACCUUUCUGAACAAACGGAUGUGACUGAUUUGUUCGGGACAGACCUGCCCGUUGAGGGUGGUAAAGGUGGAGAGUUUGCUUGGCGAGAUGGUCCUCUGCUUGGGGCUUUGAAGGCCGGACAUUGGAUUGUUUUAGAUGAGUUAAACUUGGCUUCUCAGUCUGUACUGGAGGGACUCAAUGCUUGUUUUGACCAUCGUGCUGAGGUUUUUAUCCCUGAGCUGGGAUUUAGCUUCAGUGUACAACAUAAGAAGACCAAGAUCUUUGCCUGUCAGAAUCCUUACCGACAAGGAGGUGGAAGGAAAGGACUCCCCAAGUCAUUUCUCAACAGAUUUACACAGGUUUAUGUGGAUCAACUUUCAGUCACAGACAUGGAAUAUAUUGCUGACACGAUCUUUCCUGCUAUUGGUAAAAAUAUUAUCAGUAAAAUGGUUAAUUUUAGCCAUAAGGUAAACCAAGAAAUAAUAGUAGAAAGAAAAUGGGGUCAAAAAGGAGGACCAUGGGAGUUUAAUCUACGUGACCUCUUCCGGUGGUGUCAAUUAAUGUUAGUAGACCAAACAGCAGGGUACUAUGAUCCAGGCCAGCAUGUUGCUUUGGUAUAUGCAGACCGAAUGAGAACUGAAGCAGACAGGAGAAAUAUGUUUGCUGUAUUUGAAAGAAUAUUCUCAAAUGGUGAUGCCAAUCAGUUGUAUCCCUAUUCCCAGUCCAGAAAAUUCCAUAUCACCCCACAGCAGUUUCAGGUUGGUUAUUCUAUCCUUUCACGUCAUGCAGUCAGUGUUCCUAUGUCGAGCAAACGACUGUCGAUUCUUCACCAUUCACUUCAACCACUGGAGUCAGUUAUGAAGUGUGUUCAGAUGAACUGGAUGACAAUUUUGGUAGGUCCAGCUGCCAGUGGGAAAACCAGCCUAAUCCAGCUUCUCGCUCUUCUGAUGGGCCAAAAUUUAAAGGUUAUGGCAAUGAACAGUGCUAUGGACACCACAGAACUACUUGGUGGAUUUGAGCAGGUUGAUAUAUUACGUCCCUGGCAAAGUUUAAUUGGGAAGGUGAAGGCUUUUGUCCUUGCUGUCACCAAGAAUGUUCUCCUCUCUCUGGACUCUUUCCAUGAUGGCAGUAAUCUUCUCAAACUCUGGAAUUCGUUCCUGAACAGCCAUUCUCAGUCUCUUGACAAGGAUCAUAGAUCUGGCAUUUCCUCUGAGGCAGUGAACAAACUGGAGAAUUUGCUCACUGUUCUUCACCAGUGCAACAACAAAUUGAAUACAUUCUCGUCAUCAGAAUUUGAAGAACUCAUUGCAGAAUUCCAGCAAUUCAAUUACUUACAUAGUCAGUUUUUGAAUGGUGAAAAGCGUGGCACUUUUGAAUGGGUCGAUGGGAUGCUUGUACAGGCUUUGAUUUCAGGUGAUUGGCUGCUGCUGGACAAUGUUAAUUUCUGCAGCCCUUCUGUGCUUGAUCGUCUGAAUGCUCUUUUGGAGCCUGGAGGAGUCUUGACUAUUGGUGAAAGAGGAGUGAUUGAUGGCACCUGCCCAACCAUUGUCCCACAUCCAAAUUUCAGACUGUUUAUGACCAUGGAUCCAGUGCACGGGGAAAUCUCUCGCGCCAUGAGGAAUCGUGGGAUUGAAAUUUAUAUUGCAGGCGAACAAAAUUCAGAACCUUUGGAUGAACAUGAUAUGAAAAUGCUGUUACAUGGGCGUGGUCUUAUGGGAGACCAUCCAUGUACUGAGCUAAUGGCAUUGUAUUCAGAAAUAAAAGAAAUUGCAGUAGCUGGCAUCUCCAUCAGUUCAUUCCUUCGGGCAGCUGUACUUAUUGUUCAGCAGUUGAAGUGUGGUCUUGAUUUACCAGAGGCAUUCGUUCGAGCUUGCUUAGAAGUAUUUGCCUCUUCACAGACUUCUCAAGUUCACCAGAAGCAAGUACAAGAACUAGUGAAGAAACAUGGACUCACAUUGGCAUCACCUGAAUUCCGGGCUCAUUCCUUGACUAUUUUAGGGCUGUGGCCAGAUUCUAUUCCCUCAGCAAUGCUAACAGCAGAGGAUUCAAUACUGUCCAUGGUCUUUCGAGAUGGGCAGAUCCUUACUUAUUGUUUGAGCCAACUGAGCCUCAAAAAUAACAGGUUUCAACCAUUGACUCUGACUGACCUGGAGGUGGUUUUGCAGUCUUGUAAUAUGGACCAUCUUUCAUUUCAUGGCAAUUGGACAGCAGCUGAAGUAGCCAGUGAGGUUGAUAUGAUUCCUACUGCUGUCAGAAUGGUAACAGAGAAAGCGUCUAAUCAAGAUUGGCUGUUAAGAGCUAGGUGGUUGUGCCAUGUGGCAAAAUCCCACAAGCAGUUGCCAGACUUGGUGUUUGCACAAUUGGAAGCCGGGUCUCAAGGUCUCAAUGCAGUUUAUUCCAGUGCACUACCUACAGGAAUGAAAGAUGUUAUUCAACAGCUGCAGCCUAAUGCAAAAGACAUUGCCUCAGUUCCUUUGGAUCCACGAUGGAACCAGCAGCAAUUAGUCAUUUUGUUUCAUUCUGUGAAUUUUGAAAAUGGGGAGCAUCGUUUGAAAGAGCUUCAAGCACAGCUAAGCUCUGUUGCUAACAGGAUGGCAUUUCUAAUGAACAGAGAGGAAAGGGUAUAUAUGGAGAAGACAAUCCUGGCAUCUGAAGCUACAAAGAAAUCAGGAAGACGCAGUGCUUUGAGGAUAUCUAUAGCGUUUCAUAAAGGGAUGCUAAGUUUUGAAAAUCUGCCUCACCCAGCCCUGGCCCAUCUUGCUGCUUUCUUUGAAAUCUGGGAUGCUUGUGUGCUACAGUGCAUAAAAUCUCAGUUUUAUCACCUUGAAGAUGAUGUCUUCAGUGAGGUGCUAUGCAACGCUGUGUGGCGAGAUCGGUUCUGGGUGGUUUCCGAUAGAGUCACUUCGGAUUCUGAAGGCAUGGCAUUGCUCUCACUCCAUUGGCAUUGGGUCUUGAAACACCUUGUGAAGGAUCACCUCCAACAGUUGUCUUGUGUUUCUCAGAUUUCUCAAGAAAUUCACUCAGUUUCAGUUAACCUUCAAAGUCAUCUUGCUAGCCCAAGUGGAAUAACAUUUGGUGUAAAGAAGAUGCAGAAAUCACUGGGGUUCCCUCCUCCAUUCAAGGUUGAAUCUGUUGUGGAAUUGACAUCUAAACUCAGGUCAAUAAGUUCUGCCUUGGAUGUGCUCAGUCUGAGACCAAAAGUGACAGACAUAGCCUGGAAAGACCAACUUUGUAGAAUAAAAACAGUUACCACUGAUUGGAAUAUCAAGAAGGAGUUGCUGUUGGCUUGGGGUCUUGUACUUCGGGCAAAUCACUUUGCAGGAUUUGACACUGAUGAAAUACAGCGUGUAGUAAACACUAUAACUUCCAUGAUGAAAUCUCAGGGUCUCCUAAACUCUUCUGAUUCCAAAAGUGUUGAGCCAACACCACCUCAACUGGAUGGGGAUUGUUUGAAUCAGCUACAGAGUAAUAUUCAGCUGUGGCCAGCAGUGGAGUAUUUGGCAUUGCUUUGCAAGUUUAAAGUUCUGGCAGACCUCUUGGAUCUAUCAUUAAUAUCUGGAAGCAGAAUUAAACAAGAUAAGUCAAAAAUCUGUGCAGAGCUACGUCAAUUAGUAACAUUUUGCAUAAGAACGACUCCAGGCAGUGCUCGAGCUCUUCAAGGAUUUUGGUACUUGAUAGAGACAGAACUUCCUGCUGAAGAAUUAAAUUUGCUGUGCUCAGAACUGAUUUCAUCUGUAUAUGGAGCAUGUUGGACUAGUUCACUGUCAACAGAUCCUGAUUAUUGGCUCACAUGGAAAUCCUCUAAGUCCCUAGAAAAUGAUGGAACACUUGAAGCUUUCACAGACAAAUCCUUAAAGGGGCCUGCUAUUUUAUGUCAAGCAAUCCAAUCAAAAUGUUUCUUCGAGGUUCUAAUUGGUGGUCAAUAUAAUCGUGGGGCUACUGAGGGAAUUGUUGGGGCAGCAGCAUCCCAUGUCUCUCUGGGAGAGUGGCAGGAACGGACGAAGCAGUUACAAGAAAUCAGCACCAUAUUAUGGACAAACAUGGCUGUUAAUUCCUUUGCAGAGUUCAGAUUUACAGAUUCCCGAUUGCAGCGCAUUGUUUUACAUAAACAGCUCCAGGUAGUGAAGCAUCUUUUGCCAAGAGAAAUUCAGGAGGAAUAUUUAAAGACAUGUGACCAACUUGUCUUUGACAAGGACGACACAGCUUGUGACUCUGUUCUGAGUUCGCUCAAAGGUCUGGCAGGGCAUGGAGUACUUCCUGAAGACAUAGUUUCACUUUUUGUGACAUGCAUACAAGAAUUUUUGGGUAAAGAAAAGGAUUUUGCAAGCCUUUCCAAGCAGGCCCAGAGUGGCUGUCUAUGGGUGUACCUGGGGUUGCUGCAGAUUCUGAUUUGGACGCCUCAGACCAAGUUUGAUCCUGCUGUUAAAAAGAUGUACAAACUGAACUAUAUUAAUGAGGAGUUACAACAAUUGGAAAGUGAAUGGAAGAGCCGGAAUCUGUCAGAACAUUUAUUUACGGGCCGAGAACACUCACGAGAAGGAGAGAAUAAGCAUUGCCAUCCCCGAAUUAGGUUUUUGCAGCAGAGAAUCAAACAGCUGAAAGAACGGGCCACGGUGCUUUCCAGAAAACAAGCAUACCGUCCAAAUGUGCCUUCAUACAUAUCUCUAUACCAGGAUAUCCAUCACUACAUGUUGAGUAUUGGCCAUGGUUCCAGAAUCAAAACACUUCUCUUUCGAUUGCUGCAACAUCUGCUGGUGAAGCGACCAAAAACAAGGCAGAGUUUCCAGACCAUGUUAAAGGAAGAGGCGGCUUGGCAGCAGUCCCAACACCAUUUCAGGAGGCGAAUUGCAGAAGAGUACUGGCAGUAUCCUGAUGUGGUAGAGCCACUUAAUGCUGCAGUCUUGCAAAUGCAACAUGGCAUGAGACUUCUAACAUCUGAAGUUCAUCUUGCAUUAAAUCAUAAGUGUGUCAACCAAGCUGAGCUCACAAGGCUGGUCACUUGCCUUUUGGUCUUCCCUUCCAUCAGCUUUGAAUUCCCAACCUACUACAGCCUUGCAGAAACAUUAUCUUCAAAGACCUGCAUAGAAACAAUACAAGGACUUGAUGAGCUCUUGAGUAAAAACUUGUCAGCCAAAUCUGAAGAGAAGACUUUGCUUAAAGAGCAAAGAAUGCUGCCGACACAAGAACAGCUUCUGUUUAAUGCACUACAAUAUCUGCGUUGCCACAUACUCUCUGUGGGUGAACUGGAUCAGGCUUCGUUGCAGCUUCUCAGGCACCUCUUUCAAGCAAUGGUAAAUGCUUGGGAUGAGCAAGAAGAAUGUAGACGAUUGAAAGAGGAGCAGGAAGCUAGCCUCUACAAAUAUAAGAGUAAGCAGCAUGGCCUUUCGGUGUUGGAGGAGGAAGAAAAGGAAUUCAGACAGAAUUUCCCACAAUAUAGCAAGGAUUUCACUGAUAUUACAUCUCAGCCCAGUCUUGAACAACAAGAGAUGGACACUGAAGUUAAGAUCACAGAGGCUAAAGCAGAAUGUAGUGCGCCCAUAUCACCAGGUUCCAUUGAAAUGCUGAUAAAAAUUCACCAGCAAAUAUAUCUGGGAUGUGCCCAGUCUAUGUGGUACAACCAGGGUGCACCAGCACAUCAGAGUAGUGAUUACCUUGGUGCAUUUGUGUCCUCUUAUCAUACAGCAGCAAUGCUAAUAACAGAAUUCUAUUCUCUCAUUGAUGCUUCCAUGAGUGGUCAGCUUCAUGGCAGUCAGUUGCUAAUGAGUUCCCUCAUCCAAAAUGCUGUUUCUGAAGAAGGGAACUCUGAGCUCAUCCUGCCUCAGGAGGAAACCUAUGACUUCUAUCACCAUCCAAAUAUUCAGGAGGUCAAGAAAUGUCAGCCUGUUCUGAGAAAUCUGGCCCAAAAGGUGAAAGAAUUACUGAUAGAUUGGCCUGACCAUCCAGCCCUGUUGCAGUUGUUGGUUGUAAUGGACAGAAUUCGAAGCUUUCCCAUCUCCAGUCCUCUGGCAAAAUUCUUAAGUGGUAUGGAGAUCCUCUUGAGCAAAGCCCAGGAUUGGGAACAGAAUGCGAGUCGCUCUGUCUCCUUGCGAGAGCAUCUUGACGCUAUCACCCACCUAAUUAUCCAGUGGAGGAAAUUGGAGCUAAAUUGCUGGAAUUAUAGUCUUGACAUUGUGAGGAAAAGACAGAUGGAGAAAUCAUCCAAUCAUUGGUUUUCGUUAUAUCAGUUGGUUGAAAAAUACCUACAGAAGCAAACAGGAGAAGAUUUGAAAGAAGUGGCUGGCGGGAUGACACAAUCGGAGGUAAUCAAAAUACUGCAAGCUUUUAUUGAAGGAGCUACCUUGGCAGAAUUCCAUUUCCGGUUAUCUAUGCUGCUAGCAUUCCAUUGUCAUGUAUUGGUAGUGCCAGAGCAAGAAGGAAAAGAUACCUUAUGCAGUUUACUCUGGAAUUUGUACAACUACUACAAGCAAUUUUCAGAGACCGUUGCUGCUAAAAUAACUGAAUGUCGUAGCCCGAUAGAGAAAGAAUUGAAGGACUACAUUAGAAUUUGCAGAUGGAAUGAUGUCAGUUACUGGGCUGUAAAGCAGUCAGUGGAGAAAGCACACAGGACAUUGUUUAAGUUGAUGAAGAAGUUUGAAACUGCUCUCCAACAGCCAUGCCGUCCUGCAUUAACAGAGCUGGGAAGAACUGGAAGUUUGGGCAGUGUUGACCAACAAAAAUGGACCAAGAUAGAAAAGCUAAAUUGUACACUAAGGAAAGUUUUCACAGAAAAAUGGGAUUCAACACAGGCAAUUUUUCCUAACUUGGGAAAAAGCAUUCUUUAUAAAGAUGCGAAUUCUCUUCAGACUCAUCUGCCAGUACUAUGUAAAAGGAUGAGAAAACUGUGUUUGAAGCUGGUGAUGAAAAGUUCCCUUCCAAGAUUGGUGGAAAGUCUGGAUCAGUUUGCAGGUGAUGUUAUCACUGGAGCACAAGAUCUCCAGGCUCUUGUGGUUGAUCAGAAUGCUGAUAAGGAUGUACAGAAAUCAGAAGUCAAACAUAUUUUGAUGCAGAAGCAAAGGGCAUUGGCAGACCUCUUCAAGCAUCUUGCUGAGAUCGGUCUGUCUUACCGCAAAGGAUUGGCUUGGUCUCGAACAAAAGAUCUUCAGGACAUGCUAUGUCUGCGCCCACUUGAUGUGAAAACAGCAAUAAACAUGGUUGAAAGCAGCGAUGAAUUAGAUAACAUGCUGCUCCAGGAAGUUGCUGCUACAUGGUACGGAUGUCAGAAGUAUUUCUAUCAGUCCCUUGCACGACGGGCUGCACUCCAGACAGCAUUACGUACUCCUACGAAAGAACUGAACCUGGGUACAGUUGAGCGUUGUCAAGGAUUUACUGCUCACCUAUUGAAACUUCUGAUCAAACAAAGAAGGCGACUUACUAGACUAACUGAGCAGUGGGUCAGCUUGAGACAUCUAAUUAAGAGUGUACAGGAAAUUCAGACAAGAUUGGCAGGAUUCAAGGAUCAUGAUGUGGCUCUUCCACCUCAGAACGGCAUUAAGCUUUGGAUGGACCAACUUCGCGCACUCUUCAUGAAACUCAUAAUAACUUUGGAACAAACUUUGUGGUUUAUGCAAUGUUGUCCAAAACACCAGACAGCUGAAGCACAUCAGGACAUGCCCAUUGGAACUCAAAAAGUGGAUAGCUGCGAAGGAGACCUGGAAAGUACCAGUGUGGCAACAGCAUCUUUGCCUGAGAACUUUGUCCAAUUUCACCUGACAGUCCCUACUCCCUUUGUGGCCAAUCACUUUCCUGAUGCUUGUAAUAUGCAGCAAGGAGAUGCAGCAUGGAAACAAGUAACCAGUCAGAUUGCAAACGUAUUGAAAGAUGUCAAGGUAGCAAAGGCAGAAAUGGAUGAAAUGAACCAUCAAACAAGCAAAACCUUACUUUAUUCAUGGACAUGUUUUGAGACUUGUUCAUCAGGGAUUGGUUGCUUAAGUAGAACGAUAGUUCAUCUGCAAGGUAUACAGGCCAUUUUUGCUGUUGCUGGUUCCCAGAGCACUUGCUGUCCAGUAUUAUUCAGCAGUCUAGAAUACAUUAAGAAGGAAGCUAGUUGUGCGGUGACUGAAUUUACAACAUGGGAGAAAGAGCUCCUGAAUCUGACUUUUGAUGAUUCCAGUGUAGAUUCAGAAAUGGAUUUCUCUCCACUGGUGGAGCCGGUUAUUAACACAGUACUCUGUGCUGCGCAGACUGUAUUGAAAGGGCAAAAGGAAGAAGCUGAACAGGAACAAGGCCAAGUCAUGGGAAAUAAAAAUGAAGAUGAAGCAAAAGUGCGCUCUGUUCCGACUGGAUACUUAAGUGAAGUUUUGGAACAUCAAAUGGCAAAUGACAUCAGCUCCUUAAACCUCGAGAAAGUUACUGCUGCAGUUUCAGAUCUUCUGAAAAAGCUCAUAGAUCAUCGGCAGGAGUGCACAAUAGAAGAGUACCAGUUGUUCAAUCAAAACUGCCGCAGUAUUGUGCGAUUGCUUCCCAUGUUGACUUCCUACUCCGAACUAAUCCUGUACUACCUGAUGGUUUCCAUCACAACUCAUAGGAGCACUGGAAAAUUGCUUUCCAUCUUGACUCAUUUAUUUGCAGACCUUGCUAUGCAGGGAUUCUGCCUUCCAAAAGAGUUGAUGGAGGAUGCAGGAGGUGAAGGUUCAACCCAAUUCCAUGAUAAUGAGGGUGGAGGGAUUGGAGAAGGUGAAGGGAUGAAAGACGUUAGUGACAAGAUAGAAAAAGAAGACCAGGUUGAAGAUACCUUCUGCAAAGACCAAGAAAAGAAAGAGGACCCAGAAAAUAUGCCAGAUGUUAAAGAUGAAGAAAAUGCCAUAGAAAUGUCUGAGGAUUUUGAUGGAAAACUGCACGAUGGAGAGCCCAAAGAACAAGGAGAGCAGGAUAAUGAUGAAGAAUCAGACAGUGACGAAGAAGAAGAGCUGGAUAAACAGAUGGGUGACCUGGGUGAUGCUGAAGCUGACAAAUUGGAUGAAAGACUUUGGGGAGGUGAUGAUGACGACGAUGAUGAUGAUGCUAGUGAUAAGGCUGAAGAAACUGGACCAGGGAUGGAUAUGGAGCAGUCGGAACUCGUUGCGAAAGAUGACAAUAUGGAAGCAGCAAAUCAAAAUGACAGUGACACAAAAAAACAGGAGGAGGAGAAGGAGGAGAAAAAAGAAAGAGAGGAAAGCAAAGACAAAAUCCAUGAACAGUUGGAUGAGCGAGAGUACGAUGAAAAUGAAAUAGACCCUUAUCAGGGCAAACAGAAGCAACCAGAAGUAGAAGCCUUGGAUCUACCCGAUGAUCUCAAUCUUGAAAACCAAGAUGGGGAUAAAAGUGAAGAUGAGCAUGAGGAAGAAGGAGACAAUCCAUACGAUAUAGAGGAAAAGUUAAUGGAUUUCAACGAGGUCCCUGCGGACGAGGAAGAUCAGAAAAUGGAGGAGAGUUCUGAACAAGAGCAGACUGAAGAUCACUCUCAAACUGGUGAUGAAACUGAGGAGAAAAAUCAAAAGGAGGAUGAUGAGGAAAAAAGUGAAAAUCCAGAUCAAAAACUCCCGGAAGAAGAAACAUCUGAAAAUUUGGAAGAGGAACAGUUGGCAAAGCAGGAUGAACGAAACGAAUCUGGCAGGGAGGACGCAGGUGUGCCUGAUGAGGGUCUGCAGUCAGAAACAGACGACAACAUGGAAGACCAGGAUGUUCCUGAGUCCAAACAACGAAUGGAGCACGAAGCUGCAGGGAAAACUGGAGAGGAGAACCUUCAGAGUGAUACAGCCGUGGAGGUGGCAGGAUCUGCAACUGAGAGAGAUCAGGCUAAGGAGGAACAAGGGUGUGGAGCUGCGGAUGCUAAUCAGUCAGAAGGCCAUGAAUCCAAACUGACUGCAAGGUUUGCAUCUCAAAGACAAUCUCAGGACAAAACACAGAGUUACAAAAGAAAGCCUGGUCGUGCAGAUAAUGAGCGAACAAUGGGUGACCGCAAUGAACGUGUGAGUAAGCGCCUGAAGACAGUGGAAGCUGACAGUGCACAACAGCAAGACACCGCUCAGUCAGAACAAGGCGUCAAAGAGGCAGACAUAUACGAACACGUGAAAGAGGGAUGUGAUUCCUAUGAUACUCAAACCUAUGAUGCAGCCACAACAGAACAGCAAAAAGUAGGUGGAGCAGGCCAAGAAGAGCAAGAUGAAGAUUCUGAAUCUAUUGAAAUGGAAACCAUUCAGGAAGAGGAACUAGAGUGUGUGGACGUACAGGAACUGAAGCCAGAGAAAGAAAAGUCUUCAACUUCCACAGCCUCAGGAUAUGACAACCUGGAAGCAGAGCUGCACCCUCCCAAACCUGAAGAUAUCAAUGAUACAAAAGAUGACUCAUCAGACUCUGAGAAAGAGUUGUCAACUGAGAGGAGCAGAGAGUCCACAAUCCACACACGCCAUGAACUGUUAACUGAGGACAUGGAACAAAGCACAGUCCCUGACCCGGAAGAGCUGCGUAAACAGUUAGAGGAGCAACUGAGUGCGUGGCAAAAUGAAGAGGCUGGUGAUCCAGAACAAGAGAAAGCUGCAGCUGCAAUGUGGCAGCAGUAUCAGACGUUGACCGCUCCUCUAUCACAGCAGCUGUGUGAACAACUUCGCCUUAUACUGGAGCCCACCCAGGCAGCUAAACUCAGAGGGGAUUAUCGAACUGGAAAGCGAUUAAAUAUGCGCAAGGUGAUUCCUUACAUAGCCAGUCAGUUCCGUAAAGAUAAAAUCUGGCUUCGCAGGACAAAGCCAAGCAAGCGGCAGUACCAGAUUUGUUUGGCUAUUGAUGACUCCUCCAGUAUGGUUGACAACCAUUCGAAACAGCUGGCCUUUGAAGCUUUGGCUGUAAUUGGAAAUGCUCUCUCACUUCUAGAGGUUGGACAGGUUGCUGUGUGCAGCUUUGGAGAGAGCGUUCAGUUGCUGCACCCGUUCCAUGAGCAAUUCAGUGAUCAGUCAGGAGCACGAAUACUGAGAAGCUGUCAAUUCCAACAGAAGAAAACUAAGAUAGCACAGUUUCUGGAAUCUGCAGCCAACAUGUUUGUUGCAGCACAGCACCAUUCCCAACAAGGAAAUCCAGAAAUUGCACAAUUACUAUUGAUUGUGUCCGAUGGAAGAGGGCUGUUUUUAGAGGGGAAAGAACGAGUUACAACAGCUGUUCGAGCUGCUCGACAUAACAAUAUUUUUGUUAUCUUUGUUGUCCUGGACAAUCCUGAUUCUAAGGAUUCCAUCCUGGACAUCAAGGUCCCUAUUUUCAAGACUCCGGGAGAAAUGCCAGAAAUUAGAUCAUAUAUGGAAGAAUUUCCAUUCCCAUUCUAUGUAAUUUUACGAGAUGUGAAUGCACUCCCAGAGACACUCAGUGAUGCUCUCAGGCAAUGGUUUGAACUGGUGACAGCUGCUGAUUAUUAAUACAAUGUUUUGCAGAAAGUUGUCACCUGUUAUAAUCUACUGAGAUUUCAAGUUAUGCACAAUCUCUAAAAUUGUACUGUUACUCUAGAUACUUCUACCAUAUAUCCCAUAACUGAGAAUUCCUGAUAUAAUGUGAAUUUUUUUAAUAUUCACAUUGAGAUCGGUACCACAUGGUGGUGUUUGUGCCAAAGGCACAGUUUAUUGUACUAAAUGUGAAAACCUGUCCAAGGUUUGAAUAUCACUUUUUUUUCGUAGUGUGGAUAUUUGUUGCAAAGGUGAAACUCUACAGAGAUGAGUUUCAUUAUGUAAUUUGGAGAUGGCUUUCUUUCUUAAGAUUGUACUCUUUGAAUCUUUUUUAUAUGUCAAUAAAGUUAUGCAAUAUCUGA